UCAUUCUCAUCUUUAUGCUGUGAUACUCUUUCUCCACCUAGGAUGCUUUUAUCGUUCAUGUACUUUGGAGAUUCAUACAAAUGUGGAAAACGCGGCGUCGUAAAAAUGGCACACAUAGGGAAUCCAUGCAAUCCAAAGGGUCUUUCAUGAACUAACUGCACAAUGGGAGUAUUAGCUCGCUCUUGUGUGACCUAAAGGCAAGAUGGGCAACACUCUGAUGCUGUGACCACUUUGCAUCCCCAUGUGUACCAUGAACAGCACAGCCUGGCCUUUGGACCUGGCUGAGUUUGUGAAACCUCGGGGCUUCAACAGCUCCCAGAGCCAGUCUGCUUCUGCGAGCGGCUGGGCCUUGAUCCACACGGCUACCCUCGCCUCCUGCUCCUUUCUGUUGGUCCUCAUAUUUUGUCUCGGUUCUUAUGGCAACUUGGUGGUCUUCUUGUCCUUCUUCGACCCGGCGUUCCGCAAGUUCCGCACCAACUUUGACUUCAUGAUCCUCAACCUGUCCUUCUGUGACCUGUUCAUUUGCUGCGUCACUGCGCCCAUGUUUGCACUGGUGCUCUUUCUGGAUGCUGGAGAUGCCAGCAGCGGAGUGUCCAAGGGCUUCUGCUUUGCCUUUCACCUCACCAGCUCGGGCUUCAUUAUUAUGUCCCUCGAAACGGUGGCUGUGAUCGCCCUGCAUCGGCUUCGCAUGGUCCUGGGUCAGCAGCCCAACCGUACGGCCUCGUUCCCCUGUACUCUGGCCCUCACAGCACUCUUAUGGACCACCAGUUUCACACUGGCGGCAUUGGUCACCUUGCGAGCGUAUCCCAGGAGCUCCGGGCCUUGCCUGCCUCACUUUGGUCUCACUGGCAACAAAGCCAAGUUAGUAUUGUAUGUAUACAUAGCAGACUUUGCUUUCUGUGUUGGUGUGGUUUCGAUUUCCUACCUUAUGAUCGCUCAGGCUUUGAGGAAGAAUGCACAGGUACGGAAGUGUCCCAUCAUCACGGUGGACGCGACGCGUCCGCCUGCUUCUCAUCCACCGCUCAUCACAGCUGGUUUUGAGGGUAUGCAGUGCACAGUGCAGGUGCCCUCUCUGUACCGCAACCAGACGUACAACAAGCUCCAGCAUGUCCAGACGCACCCCUUCACCAGGAGGGCCAACCAGCCCCUCGUGCCCGGGGCCGCCACUGGAGCAACCUGCUGCCAGCUGGUCUCCACCGUCAACUUGGCUACGGCCAAGGAUUCGAAGGCUGUGGUGACAUGCGUGGUGAUCGUCAUCUCGGUGCUGUUGUGCUGUCUACCACUAGGUAUCUCCUUGGCGCAAGAUAUGGUGUCACCGGAGAGCAGCUUCGUCCACUACCAGUUCGAGCUCUGCGGAUUCGCCCUCAUUUUCCUGAAGUCUGGAAUCAACCCGUUCGUGUACUCGCGCAACAGUGCUGGUCUGCGUCGCCGUGUGCUCUGCUGCCUCCAGUGGGUGACCCUGGGCUUCCUGUGCUGCAAGCACAAGACACGCCUGCACGCCAUGGGCAAGGGAAGUCUGGAAGUCAACCGCAACAAGUCCUCGCACCACGAGACCAACUCGGCGUACAUGCUCUCACCGAAGCCCCAUAGGAAACUGGUUGACCAGGCUUGUGGACCCAGUCACUCCCGGGACAGCAUGCCUAGUCCCUGUGCCACCGCUGGACGCAAGCCCCGACCCCCGAGCACAUCUACGCCCAUCAACACUCGCAUAGAGCCCUAUUACAGUAUCUAUAACAGCAGUCCGUCAGCAGCACCGAGUUCCCCCAACAGCCUACAGCCGGUCAACUCUCAAACCACAGCCUUUGCCAAAAGCUACGUGGCUAUGCACUACCACACCCACCAGGAGGCGCUGCAGGACUUUGACAGCACGUCGGCUAAUCAGAUUCCCAUCCCAUCGGUCUGAGCUGUGGAACGUCAUACAGCUUGCUCAGCAUCCAAAGGGGAGCAUUUAUAGUGUUUGCUUGUGCUGUUUUGCUCAAGAGACAAUGUGCAUCGAGUAUCCAAUAAAAAGAAAAUGGGACUUUUACAACUAGUUGUCGCUUUCCCCAAAUUUGUUAUUAUUGUUGUUUUCUGGACUAAAGGAUGUUCUAUUUUUACAUUGACAUGGCAUUUUCAUGUAAUAGUCUUCUUCGCUCAGAUUAUGUAUUUGUGAAACAUCCUACAUUUUAUAUAUGAACUUAUUAAAUGUUUUGCAAGUGUA